CAUAAAGUUGUUUUUGUUGACAUGCUAUUGAAGAAAAGGGUGCGGAGGAAGAGAAAUCUCACACGGAAAUUCGAAUUUUGGAUCUCCAUACAAAAAAACGAGAGUGUAGCACUAAACCAACCACUCUUUCACAAGAUGAGAGAUAUUUGAAUGAUAAGGGGAUAACUUAAUUCACACAAAAGCUAGACAAAAAUUAUAAGUACAAUUGAGUCAUUCAAGUGUGUUAUGAAGUAUUGGUAUUUUGGGAUACAAAUUAAACUUGUUUUUUUUUUUCGUUAAAUUUAUAAGUUCCAUUUUUGCCAUAAAUGCAUUUGUUUCAUAAAUAAAUUUACAUAAAAGUUAUAGAUAUAUACUGAAUAUGUAUGAACAAGUUUAGUUUAUACGGUAAAUGUUUUUUAUAAACCAAACCAAACCAAAACUAAAUUUGUAAAAUGUAAUAGAGCCAAGCAAAAUCCUCCUUUGCCUUGGGCCUUUGAGGUUCGGGUUUGUUACCUUGCGUUUUCUUUGCCUGAUCCAACCCAGUUAAAGAAAGAGGCUUAAAGCCCAGAUAAGAGGGAGGUGUUCGUUUUAUUGCUUUUGCUGCGAAACGGUGCUGUUUCAUUAAUCAUUAUUACGCAAUUUCCUCCGAUCAAGGUUGUCAAACCGGUUUAUAUCGUUGUGCCGGUUUUGCAAGUGGAAUGGUACGACCGGUGGUAUAACCUGUUUGUGCCGGUUCAUGCCGGUUAAAAAAAUGUGAAAACAAUUAAUAUCUAAUGUAUUUAAUCAUAUAUAAAACAUAUUUGUGGACAAUUUAGUUACAAUCCAACAAAUAUCAUCAACUUUUAGCUAUUACAUUCAUAAAAUGAACGAUAAAUUAAUUUUUUUAUUCAUUAAGUUCAUUAAAGUGAUGUCAUUUUACUUAGAAUGCGUAAGUCGAUCAUACCGGUGGACGAUGGUGUCAUGCCGGUUUCAUGACCGGCACAGGUUGAACCAGGUUCAACCGGGUGACAUGCCACCGGCAUGACAACCAUGCCUCCGAUUCAACGGAAAAUUAAGAAAGAAGUCAAUCGGCCUUUUCCCAUCGACCUCAAGUCCUUAACCCACCCAAAUCCCAAUACCCAUCUCUGCCAGUCCUUCCACCACACCCCGGUUGCCGUCGCGGAGGCGCCGUCGAUGUUUACAUUUUAGUUCCAACUUACAAGUUCCACGCUUCCUUUCAGAUCUCCAAUAUCCAACCGCAAUUCCAGACUUCCCGCCUGGAUGUCCCGAGUCUGAAAUCUGCUGAUUCCGUAGCAUCAAUCGAAGGAGAAGAAGGCCUCAGCAUCGCCAGUCUUCAUCAACUGCUCAAUUUUAUCAAUUAGGGUAAUCCCACGACCUCGUUUUUCUUCUUCUUUACUUGGGGAUCUCUCCGGUCUCGGCUAAUUCAGUAAAUCUGCACAGAAAAGUGAAAUUCAACUAGGACAAUUCCGUUAGUUGUUCUUGUUAUGUACUACAUUAGGGUGAAUUCUCCAAUAUACAAUGUAUAGCCUGCUGAAACCUGUGGUUGCGGUUAUGUAGAAGGUCAUGGUUGUAGAAACGGAAGGAAGAAGAUGAAGAGCUUCAACGGCAUGCUAGCCAUGAUUUGUAGCUCUUUCCUUGGGGUCUGUGCAUUCACCUUCGUUGCUGGAUACCCAAUUCCAACAUUUGGGAGAAUAGAGGUUGCCAGCAAUGUAUUGAUUCCUGGAAAUGAACUGUGGAGGGAGACUCUUUCCUUGCAGGGAGGUUCUCGUCUGUAUGAACUGCGGGACUUGAAAUCGAACACUUGGUAUGAAGUGAAGAUAUCUUAUCCGGCUUCUAUACCUGCUAGCUUCACUUUACAACUGAAGAAAGAUGCUUCUGAUUUGGGAAUGAACUGGAAUCGAAGAAUACUAAACACAGAGAAAUUAAUUUUCAAGACUGAUGAGUUUAGUGGCACACAGAACCUGUUGUAUGUAUCGGUAACUGUAGAGCCGGAGGGGGUGGUUGCAAUACGUAAUGUACCAGAGAGGGAAACAAUCAUCUUCAACAUAGUAUGCGAUGAAUUGUUGCUGGGUAUACCACACAAGGCUUGGUGGGUGGGAGUGUUGGUGUUGCUAUGUUUAGUGGCUGCAUUCAUCAUUCCUCGUUUGCUCCCAACACUCGUGCUGCCUGAAAACGGAAGCUCCAGAUCAUCAUCAUACGAAGGUGUUGCCAAAGAAUCUUAGGAGUAGGAAGUUUUCAGAACCGAUUCAGCAGCAGGGAGGGGAUGUUGGGUUGUCGAAGCUCCUUCUAUGGUCAUCAUGGAAGCUUUUAGGUUUUAAUUGUCAUUGUUAGCAUUUUUGUGCAGAACAGGAGAAAGGAAGGAGUGGCAGCCUUCUCCAUGGUUGAAAUUAGGGAGGAUCGGUAUCGUAUUCAAUGUGGUUGAAAAAUAUUAAAAGUGUAAUAAAACUGUACGAGUUCGAGAUGGCUUAUUGCUAAAUUCCUAAUUAUCAUACGUUCAUACUUUUAUUAUUUCAUCUAUAAUAAGUAGCUAAAAAUUCUUCAUUAUUUUCUCAAAUUUUGAUAAUUAAGACCUCGCAAUCAAACUCUUUUCAUAUUGCUUUGGGUUAUAGUGCUUUGGGUUAUAGGUAUAAUAUGUCUCUCUACUAUGAUGUUUUAUCAAAUAUGCCCCUUUACUAUUUUUUACCUCAAACAUGCCCCUGUACUUUGUAAAAAUUAUCAAACAUGCACUUUUGUUAAAAUUUUCGUCCAAAAACAAUUAAUCAACGCCGAACUUUGAUUUGGACGACACAAAUAUCUAAAAUAUUCCUAAUAAUUUCACUUUAGAAUUUUUUGGUUCUUUUGUAUAGCCAAAUAAUUCAAAUAAUUUCACUUUGAAGAGACCCAGAGAAAUAAAACGGGGGACAAAACUGAUAUUUUCCCUCCUACAUGCCAAUGUCGGAUCGUCUAAAUCUCGGUUCAACCAUGAUUGACGAUUUUUUCAAUGGAAAUUUUAGCAUAAGGGCAUGUUUGACAAUUUUGUCAAAGUAUAGAGACAUGUUUGAUGUAAAAAAUAAUAGAGUAACAUGUUUGAUAAACCGUCGUAGUAGAUGGACAUAUUAUACCUAUAAUCCUAUUGCUUUUAAUCGACUCAUCUUUCUUAUAUUUUUUAUCGUUUAAAUAGGGAAUAGAAACACAACGGUGGCUGAAAAGCUCAUGUGACUGUGAGUAUACCCCACUCGGCCCGUAGACGCUCCUCAAUCCUCAUCGAAGAUAAAACAUUUUCGCUUUCAUUUCAUUUGAAUAUAUUAAGGAGAAAUUU